UAGUGAGAGAAACGCCUGCUUUCUAGAGAGAGAAACCUAUUAAACCCAAUUUCAUGUCUCGAUUUUCAUGGCAAUUCUUCCUAAAUCUGCCAUGCCCACAACCUCUUGUUCAUCAGAUUCGCCUCGCUUAGCUCAUUUCACCUCUGCUAAGGGUGUCUCCAUGUCGCGCGACAACUUACAGGCUGAAAUCUUGGCCAUCACAGGUGUGCCUUCUUUGUCCCAGGUAAACUGUUCUCCUCCUUCUGACUUGGUAUCUGAGGUAGCUCAUGGUGCUUCCUAUGUGGCUGCUGAUCCUAAUUCUGUUUCUUGGGCCGCUGUUGCUAAGUCUGUCUUGAAGCCCCUAAAUUUUCACCCCCCUGUUCUUGAUAAUGGAAAAUUAAGGGUGAAAGUGCCUCAUGCAAUUCACGAUGAAGGAAUCAAGUUGUGGGAAGAUUGUUUGAUAGGGACAUUCAUGGGCGAUGCUCCCAGCUACGGUCACAUCUUGAGCAUGGCUAAUCACAUUUGGGGGAGGCGAUGCCAUAUCUCAGUGACUGGGCUCAGCAACAAUUCUUUCUUAUUCAAGAUCCCUGAUCCGUCUACUAGAGCUUGGGUUCUAAAUUUUGGUCCAUGGCAUGUUGCUCAUAAAACCUUGGUGAUGAGGAAGUGGGAACCUAACUACAAAGAAUUUAAGCAAGACCCAAAGAGAAUGCCGAUCUGGGUAAAGCUUUGGGAUGUUCCUAUGGAUUUGCUCUCAGUGGAUAGUCUUUGCUAUAUUGCAAGUGGAAUUGGGGUUCCACUAGCUUUGGACAAGGCAACGGAAGAUAGGACCCGAGUUGAUUUUGCCAAAGUUUGUGUUGAGAUUGAGGUUGCAAAUGCCCAGGAUUUGCCUGAAAUUAUCCCUGUUGAUAUUGAAGACUUUCCAUCUGUGGAUAUAAGGGUAGAAUACCCUUGGUUACCCACCACCUAUGGCUCAUGCAAGAAGAAAAGGCACACCAGUCGCAAUUGUAAGACAAAGAAACCCAAGCCAAAAACCUACAAGAAGGAAUGGGUUGAGGUUGCAGGUAAGAAUAAGCCAACUGAAGCUCCUGGUAUUAUUCCUGAACCUAACCAAGUUGCUAUAUCUGCCCCUAAAGUUCAGUCUGUCCCACUAGUUAAGGUUGUUGAUGUUUCCCCUUCUAAUCCAGAAGUUGUUGUUAAUUCCCCAGUUCUAUUUGAGGCCCCAUUGACUGAUGUUGAGUCGGUUGCUAUUGGGUCCAUGCCAAUGUUUGCUGCUACAACUAUGCCUGACAAUGCUGAGCCUAACCCUUUAAGGAAGCAAAAUUCUUUUGCAGCCUUGGCUGCUAUUGAUGAUGAGCAAGCUUUUCCUCCCUUGAAGGCAUCCUCUUUGUCUCCUAGGUCUAGCAAGAAACGUAGGCAAGCUUCUUUGGGCGUUGCUGCAGUCACAAAAGCAUUGGCUCCUAGACAAAGAAACACCAAAAAAGUUCAGAAUUCCUCAAUGAGAAAAUCCCUAUGGGAUGAGUUAGUUCUGCUAAGCAAGAAUUUGCCUGAGGUUCCCUUGAUUUUAGGAGGGGAUUUUAAUGAAAUCAGGUUCCCACAAGAAAGAUCAGAUUGGUUUCAGACUUUAGAAUUCUCAAAGGAUUCAGAGUUAUUUCAUGAGAGGCUUAAUGAAGCAGAGCUUUUGGAUCUCCCUGCUCUUGGACCACAAUUUACAUGGACAAAUAAAAGGGAAAUAGGGCUUAUAGCCAGAAAAUUGGACAGAUUAAUGGUAAAUGGCUCUUGGUUAGAGACUUUCCCAAGCACUAGAGCUGAGUUCCUUCCCCCAGAUAUAUCUGAUCAUUGUGCUGGCGCAGUCACAAUUAUGGCUCAAGAUUCUCAUGUUUCGAGAAAACCAUUCAAAUUCUUUAACUUCUGGACAAAGAAUAGAAGGUUUUUAGAUGUUGUAAAGGAAACCUGGUCAUCUGUUGAGGUGCAAGGGUGCUACAUGUUUCAAUUAUGUAAAAAGCUCAAAGCACUCAAGGCUCCUCUUAGAAAGCUUAACAAAGAAUGUUAUGGUAAUUUGCCUGAAAAAUUGCAGCAGGAGGAGCAAGCUAAGAAAGUGACAAAAUUAUCACUUGCUGAGGAGGUUUACUUGAAACAAAAAUCAAGAGUUCAAUGGCUAAAGGAAGGGGACCAGAACACCACAUACUUCCACAAAGUGAUGAAGGUGAGAAGGAGCAGAAAUAUGAUUAGAGAAAUAUACAGUGAUGAUGGUGAGCUUUUAACCCAGUAUGUAGAUAUUGCAAAAGAGGCUGUUGGUUUCUUUGAGAGACUGCUAGGGACAGAAGAUCCUAAUUGCAAUGGAGGUGAUCUUGAUCUGCUAAGAUCCAUUUUUGACUACCAACUUCCUGAUGAUGUUCAACAGUCCCUCACUAAACCCAUUACAGCGGAUGAAUGCAGAUUUGCAUUUUUUAGCAGUCUAAACAACAAAAGUCUUGGCCCUGAUGGUUAUACGAUUGAAUUUUAUAAAGCAGCUUGGAACAUUGUUGGAGACUUAGUCACUAAAGCCAUUCAAGAAUUUUUUCUCUCAAGGAAGCUACUAAGAGAGGUAAAUUCUACCAUAAUUUCUUUAGUGCCUAAAGUUCCAUGUCCCUCAAAGAUGACUGAAUAUAGGCCUAUAGCUUGUUGUAACUUGCUGUAUAAAUGCAUUACAAAGAUCAUUGCUAACAGAUUGAAGAAGUGUCUGCCUCUCUUCAUUAGCAAUAAUCAGUGUGCAUUUGUGGAAGGGAGAUUAAUGGUAGAAAACAUUUUGCUUGCUCAAGAAAUAGUUAAGCACUAUCACAAGCCUAAUAUGAAGCCUAGAUGUGCCUUGAAAAUUGACUUGAUGAAGGCAUUUGACUCUGUGAGCUGGAAAUUUCUCCUUAUAGCCUUGGAAGCUCUAGGCUUUCCUAUUAUUUUUAUCACUUGGAUUAGAGCUUGUAUCACUUCCCCCAUGUUUUCAGUAGCUUUAAAUGGAAAUUUGGAGGGCUAUUUCCCUGGGAAGAAAGGAAUAAGACAAGGUGACCCCUUGUCCCCAUACUUGUUUGUCAUUUGUAUGGAGGUUCUGUCACGACUUUUGAAUAAAGCUGCUCAAGAAGGAAAUCUACCAUAUCAUCCUAACUGCAAAAAGACUAGCCUCACACACCUAUGCUUUGUAGAUGACCUACUAAUUUUUACAGAUGGGAGCUCAAGAGCUGUUGGAGAAUUAGAUUCAAUUCUUAAGCAAUUCUACCUGGUGACAGGUUUGAAGGUCAAUUACCAGAAAUCUGAAAUUUUUUGUUGUGGGAUGCCAAACCAGGUUAUCAGGGAGUUAACUGAAACCUAUGGCUUCAAAGUUGGUACUCUUCCUGUCAGGAUAAAUUCUUGGUCUUCAAAAUAUUUGUCCUUCGCAGGGAGGCUACAACUCAUUUCUUCAGUACUUCAAGGGAUAACGAAUUUCUGGUGCUCUGUAUUCAUCUUGCCAAAAAGGGUUAUUACAGCUGUUGAGGCUAAAUGCAGUGCUUUUCUAUGGAAAGGUAAAUCAAUUGAUGCAAGAGGUGCAAAAGUUGGCUCAAUUUGGGUAGCUUGGGUCAAGGAAUACCUCCUUAAGGGGAAGAGUUUUUGGUCAAUUCAGAUUCCAAAUGAUGCUUCUUGGAGUUGGAGGAAAAUUCUAAAGUUGAGAUCUCUUGCCAAAUAUCUUGUUAAGCAUAUAGUUGGGACUGGGGAUUCGAUCUAUCUAUGGUAUGAUUUUUGGCAUCCGAAUGGACCUCUCAUUGAAGUUUAUGGUCAGAAAAUUGUAUAUGAUGCAGCCAUCCCAUCUCAGGCUAAGCUUUCCCAAGUGAUUCAGGGUGAUUUUUGGAAAUGGCCUCCUACUAGAUCUCCUGCACUUCUGCAGAUUCAGAUUGCAUUAUGUGGUGUUUUGCUCUCCACCAAAGCUAGGCAAAAGCGUUGGACCCCUUCCAUUGAUGAUACUUGCAUGCUAUGUAAGGAUGCGAAUGAGUUUAGAGAUCACUUGUUCUUCUCUUGUCCUUACUCAAGGCAACUCUGGGAACAAAUUUCAUUACUGCUGGGUGUUCCUUCAACCUGCUCUUGGCAAGAUGUAUUAACUUGGUUCUGUAGAAAGACCAAGCGUAAAGCUUUGUACAACACACUUCUCAAGCUGGCAUGGUGUGCAUCAAUCUAUUACAUUUGGACUGAGCUACUGUACAAAAAAGAAAGAGGCAAACAGCUGUAUUUCCAGCUUUCCACAAAGGAUCCAAAGCUGAUGCCUUUUAUAAUUGAAGCAUACCCAAGCCAAGGAGGAGAGCCAGAGAUGUCAUAUUUCUAACUGGUAACAGAGCAGCAAAUUAAGCAGAGGGCACAGGUGCGUGGAACGCAUCUCAGGAUCAUCCUAUUAUCAUGAUCAGCGUAAGUUCGCUCUCCAUUGCAAGACAUGCGCUGAAGUAACCUGUCUUAUGCAGCAUCCCUCCAUCCAAAACACGAUCUCUUGGAUCCGUACAGCACUGCUAUGGUUAUGUAGGGAUUUGGAUUUGGGUUUGCAUGAGAGAGUGUGUUUGGGGUGAAAGGGAUGAUGUAUUGGACGAGGUCAUUCAGCACAAGUCUUGUGAAGGAUGAACUUAGCUUGGUAUGAUCCUAGGCUGGACUUGUGAUGGGUUGUUAGCAUCUGAAGCAAUAACAGUAAAUUCAUCUGGUAAACACAACAGUCCAAUCUUUACUUGUUUUACCCUUCUUCUUCUUUUUUUUUGUUUGUUGUGCUAAGGUCCCAACAAAAGUUUGUUUGAAUCUGUUUUCUCUUUUGAUAUUUUGUUAUUAUAAGAUGUUUGAAUUGUUGAGCUCCUGGAAUUAAGGUUUUGAAUCUUCUAAUUGCCCAUGACUCAUAUUUAUGGGAAAAUUCGAUCUGUUUUCUGAUGUUGGAGUAUUGUUUGGUUAGUACAUUUAAUAAUAGAUUAUACUGUAA